AUGGGAAUCUUUUGUCCUCUGGCGAUUGAAUUCAUGACAUCAAUAGCAGAAAUACCAGGAUUAAUCGGCUGUCCCUCAAUAUCCAAAAAGUCUUCCGCGAGAAUUGGAGGUCCCUUGUCAAUCGGCUUUCCAGAUCCGUUGAAGACACGCCCGAGCAUGUCCUCUGAUACUGGAGUCCUGAGAAUGUCACCAGUGAACUCGCAGACGGUGUUCUUAGCGUCAAUUCCAGAUGUUCCUUCAAAUACCUGGACCACAGCUUUGGAGCCAGACACCUCAAGGACUUUUCCCGAACGGAUUGAGCCAUCAGCAAUACUUACUGAGCCUGGGUUGGGAAAUAAAAUCCCUGGACACUGCCAGGACAUGUUCCUGGUGUGCUUGGCGACUUCCGAUGCUUUUAUUCAUUGUAAAAACCAGCAAUUACACUUAUUUAAACAAUCCAAAUAUAAAUUGCUGGGAUCAAGUGCAACAGAACUCGUUGAACGCAGAAAUGUCUUGCUCUGUCUGGUGACUGCUACUGCCACCUCGCUGGCUAGCCUGGAGGGGCAAUGCGAGAUUGUUAAUUCUUUCGAGUUGCGUCGUGAUCAUGGGACUGAAUUUUGA